UUCCGGCAGGGGCGGGAGAGUGGGCCGGCGCAGUCUGAAGUCUCUGUGCAAACUGCGCAGCCCACAGGCGUGCCAGGAGCAGGCAGGUGUCCGUGGACUGCGUGUAACGGGAUGCGUGUUGCGGAUCGCCAUGUAGACUACAGGGAGCGAUGAUACCGCGCCGGUGCGUCUUUGCCAUGUGUUGCCGACUGCAGACGCCCUAAGCGUAACAGGUUUUGAUAUCGAGCCCGUGUAAAAUGCAUCUCUUUCGGAGUUACAGUUACCGGGUCUAUCCUGACCAUUACCCCGUGGAAAAAGCUGCCAUCCGAGGCGUCAGCUGGACUCCGCUCCCUGAACCCUUGGACGCGCAGGACACCAUGAAACAGUUUUUGUCUGAUCGCAUUCUGAAGGCAGCCAGGGUGGUGUAUGGCACGCUGGUGGAAAGAAACCCAACCCUGAUCAGGGACAGGAAGCAUCACCUGAAGACCUACAGGCAGUGCUGCAGUGGGAAGGAGCUCGUUGAUUGGCUGACAAAGCUGAAUGACUGCUUCCUCUCUCGGACUCAGGCGGUCGGCAUGUGGCAGGUGUUGUUGGACGAGGGCAUCCUUGUUCAUGUGAAGCAGGAUUUCAACUUCCAUGACAGAGAUACCCAGUUUUACCGAUUCUUGGAGACAGAUUUCAACCUGAAUCACACAGCCAAUGAGAAGGACUCAAAAGAAGAUGAACUCCAAGAAGGUUUGUCACUGUUACUCCAGAUGGGCCCUGACGCUCUUCUGAACAUGAUCCUCCGCAAAUGCCCAAACCAGAGGUCAGCGGGUGACGUGGAGGUCAUCUACGAGGAGCUACUGCACGUGAAAGCUGUUUCUCAUCUUUCCACCUCCGUGCGGAAGGAGCUGGCUGCAGUGCUGGUGUUCGAGUCCCACGCCAAGGCAGGCACAGUCUUGUUCAGUCAAGGAGACAAAGGUACAUCCUGGUACAUAAUCUGGAAGGGGUCCGUUAAUGUCAUCACACAUGGAAAGGGUUUGGUGACCUCACUGCAUGAAGGAGAGGACUUUGGACAGCUUGCCUUGGUGAACGAUGCCCCGCGUGCUGCCACUAUCAUAUUGAGGGAGGACAACUGUCACUUUCUCAGAGUUGACAAGUCUGACUUCAUUCGAAUACUCAAGGACGUGGAGGCGAACACGGUUCGUCUGGAAGAGCACGGUAAAGUGGUGCUGGUACUGGAGAAGAGUUCCGGGCUGGGGUCGCCCCACUUGGGAGGGUCAGGGAGCAGCAGCAAGUACACAGUUAUGUCUGGAACGCCAGAGAAAAUUUUGGAACAUCUCCUGGAAACUAUAAAGCUGGAUACCAAUGGAAGUGAUCCCAUAGAUCCAUGUGUUGGCGACUUCCUCCUCACACAGCAAGUGUUCAUGCCUUCUGCACAGCUCUGCCCAGCUCUACAGCAUCACUACCACGCCGAACCGUCCGAGGGCUCCGAGCUGGAGAAGACCGCCUACGCGCUCAACACCAAGCAGAAGGUGGUGAAACUGGUCGGCCAGUGGGUGGCACUCUAUGGCCCACUGCUCAAGGAUGACCCCGUGGCCGUCCACUUCCUGGAGAAACUGAGAGAAGAAGUGAUGGGUGACUCAAGACUCUCAAGUAUACUCAAAGAACAGCUCAAGGACAGAAGGAAAACUAAAGUGCAGGAAAACGGAUGCCAAACAGUGACAAAGAUGAACCAGAAAUUUGAUUGGUUCGCCGCCCACGAGGAGCCACUUGUGAAGGUCAGGAUCAGAGCUCGGGAUAAAGUCAUGUAUGAGAUCUACAGGCCGGACCACAAGGCUGUGUCCCUGGUGCUUCCCGUGGACUCUUCAGUGCAGGACAUUAUGUCUGUCCUGGUCAACCCAGGAGGAGACCAUGUCAUGGUCAAAAUGAACUCCUCCGGAGAGACAGUGCAGCUCAAGCUGGACGCCACAGCCGUCUCUGCAUCCCUGGGGCUGAACGAGAGACUCUUCCUGUGCACCGCUUCCCAGGUGCAGGAGCUGGUCCCCUUGAAGGAACAGCUCGGCCCGGAGCAGAGCACCACUGACGCUCUGGAGCAGAUGUGCUCCAAGGACAUCGCCACACAGCUUACCAACUACGACUGGGAGCUCUUCACAGCCAUGCACGAGGUGGAGCUGGUUCACUACACCUUCGGGAGGCAGAAGUUCCCGGGUGCCACCACGGCGAACCUGGAACGCUUCAUGCGGCAUUUCAACGCACUGCAGUACUGGGUGGUGACGGAACUCUGCCUGUGUGAGGACCUGACGAGGAGAAGCACCCUGCUGAAGAAGUUCAUCAAGAUCGCCAUCGUGUUGAAGGAGCAGAAAAACCUCAACGCGUUCUUUGCCGUCAUGUUCGGCCUGAGCAACAGCGCCGUGCAGAGACUCUGUGGGACGUGGGAGCGGGUGCCGAACAAGACCAGAAGGAUCUACUGCGCUUACGAGAGACUGCUGGACCCAUCCCGCAACCACAGAGCGUACAGGCUAGCGGUGGCCAAACUCAACCCACCCUACAUACCCUUCAUGCCCCUUCUGCUUAAAGACAUGACGUUCAUCCAUGAGGGAAACAAGAAUUACACAGAUAACCUGGUUAAUUUUGAGAAAAUGCGUAUGAUCGCCAAGACGAUGAAGAUAGUUCGAGGAUGCAGAAGCCAACCUUAUGUGCCUUCAUCCCCACAGAAGGGACUCACAGAAAGGAUGUUCGUGGACGCUCCAGCUCUACGUAUCUCUACAUACUCGGACCAGUCCCUCACCGUGCGCAACACCGGCAACAUCCGCCACUACAUCCAGAACCUCAAAGUCAUCGACAACCAGAAGAAGCUCACGCAGCUGUCCAGGGCCAUAGAGCGCUGAGGAACCGGAACAAGACCCUCGCCACUAGUUCUGCUCCAUACUGGAGUAACUGCCCCAGCCCAGUUGUAAAGACCCUUAGAUGAAUCCACGACAACCCCAACAUGUGGUUGAUGACUGGAACGGAUUCGGCCGAGCGCCGCGCCAACACGUUGCCUUAGACGGAUCCGGGGUGGCUGUUAUUUCUGUAUGCAGCUGCCUGAUGUCUCGCUAGACGUGCCCUUGUUCAGCAGCAGGUCCGGUCCGUUGUGUGCAGCUGCAAUGUUAACCGUGAGGAACCGGCCACUCGUACCUGCCGCACUAGCGGUUAUCAGGAUAAGAUGUUAGAACUGUGUUCAGUGUAACUAUAUACUAUAUUACACAGGCUUUAGAAACAGAUUGUACAGAUUUUUAACACCCGCUGUGUGGUUUUGUAGAUUACCAUAAAAGUAUAUUGAAUGUAUAUCACAUUUUCAGCUAAAAUGUGUAACUUUAUUUUUGCUAAAUAAAUUAUUGACAUAUUGUUUA